CUCAUAGAUCCGAUCAAAGAUAUUUCUCCGACGUCAGAGAGUGACAAUGGACGUAAUUUCACGAAACACUCCUCCAUCGACUCUAAAUCCUUACGCCCCGAUCUUCGUUCCGGCGUCCUAUCGGACGGUGGAGGACUUUUCCGACCAGUGGUGGGAUCUAGUUCAGUCCUCCCCUUGGUUUCGCGAUUACUGGCUUGAGGAAUGCUUCUGUGAUCCCCAAAAUGACCCUACCUUCCCCGAUAAUUACGACCCUGUCCUUCCUAACAUGAACGAUCUCUUCGGUGGUACCACCAUCAAACAAGAGGAGAGAGAAGGGCAGAAGGAUUUGGUUUCCCUUGGAGUGUUGAAGUGGAGGAAACCGCGUGUCAUGGCGGGGACGCCUAGGUACUUUGAGAAGGCUCCGAAGAUUGUAAAUGUGAAAGUGAGUCCGAGGACGAUUCAGCAGCCAAGGUAGACCGAGUUGGGGAGUGUGGGCUCAGUGAGUUCGGUGAAGACCGAGUCAGGGUGUUUAAUGUAGUAUAGUGUAUUUGUACAUUUACUUUAACUUGGGUCUGAUAUGUAGAUUUUCAGCGUUAUGUUGAUGUUACAUGUAGCUGUUUGUACUUGAGACAUUUUCUAUCCUUCACUUUGAUUUGAAUAAAAGUACAGAAUAGCAAUAAAGAAAAAAUCUCGAUAGACACAAAUUUGAAUUGAUG